UCCCGGAGCUGAUUUUGCUAACAGUGGCUUUAGCCUUUCUCCCGGCGAACACAAACCGACCGCGGUUGUAUUUUCACUAGACUGCUUCCAUUUACCAAGGAUCAAUAAAGGACUGCUUCCAACAAAUCAGUCAUCUUAACCAACAUCAAAAUGGUUAAGAUAUUUGUUGGUAAUGUAGCCUCAGCAAGCACUGAAGAUGAGCUGCGUGCCUUGUUUGAGCAGCACGGGGCUGUGUCAGACUGUGACAUUCUGAAGAACUAUGGCUUUGUGCACAUGGAUAACGAGGAUGAGGCCCAGAAUGCUGUCGCUGCCUUGCACAAGCAUAUGGUCAAUGGCUCACGGAUUACUGUUGAGUUUGCCACCACCAAGGUGCGCAAUGCCACCAAGAUUUACGUGGGUAAAAUACCAGAGGGUGUUACAGUUUCCAAAAUCAGAGAGCUCUUUCAGCCAUUUGGCAAGGUGGUGGAGUGCGAUAUUGUGAAGAAUUAUGCGUUUGUUCAUAUGCAGAGGGAAAACGAGGCAUUGGAGGCCAUCAGGCAGCUUAAAAAUGUGAAACUGGAGGGUCAAAAGAUUGUUGUAUCCCUCUCUUGCAAUAACCAACCCCGAGGUAGCAGAGAAGACUAUUAUGCCCCUCCACCGCAUCACUAUCCGCCUUACCCUCCUCCGCGUCCUCUGGCCAGUGAUUUUUAUUCGCCUCGAGGUCGUCUUCCACCACCUCCUCUCCCUCCGCCACCUCCUCGCUCUUACUACGAACAUGACGCAUACGAGAGGAGCGUUCGCCAUGACCCGUACGCCGCUGCCUCAGCAAAUUAUUACGAAAGGGACCCCUACGAGCGUCGCCCUGUGCCGCAUUCGCCGUCCGUUUCGUCUCGAUACUACCGUGACCGUAGCCCUCUCGACAGCCACCGCUCUCUCCUGCCACCGCCACCUCCCCCACCUCCACCGCCUGCUAGCUACAUGCGCUAUGCCCGUGGGCCCGUACAUGCUGCACCUCCUCCUCCUCCUCCACCUCCUCCCCCUCCUCCAUCCUCUGCUGCUGCUGCAGCAGCCUUUCGGCGUUACCCACCUGGCUCAGGCUAUGAAAAAGAUAACUAUGAGGAGAAGUACAGCAAUGGCUACAGUGCUAGCUACUAAGCCUGUGUUAUCUAGAGAUACUGUACAUCCCUAUUUUGUAGAAGGCAAGCUUUUCAAAAGCAAAAAAAUCUGCAGGGUGUUAAAAACAUUUUCUCUGAUGUUAGUAGCUAAUUCUCACAACAGGUAUAAAGGUGUUGUAGAGAACAUCAAAUACUUAUCAGUUCGAUUUAGACAUUUUUUAGUAUAUUAUAGACACUUACAUUUUUUAAAGACUCGCUACUUUUUGUGUUAACUUGCAAACAAUGGAAUGUGUGAACAAUUUAGUCGACCUGUUUAUGAUUUUGUUCCUAAUGGUGAUUAGUCACAUUUGUCCUUAAGCAUGACACGUGACUUGCAUGAAUAAAAUGUUUAAGCUUAGAUCUAAAUAGAUAAAUAGAAUUUUCUGCUUGUACUUCUUAGAUGUGUUUUUUGGGUCAGUUAUUUAGUAUUAUUUGUCAAGCAUUGAGCAGCCCAGAGAUAAACGUAUCUAUAAAAUCUAAAGCUAGUUUGUGUGGCAGGAGGAAAAGGAAGGAAGUCGGCAAAUAUGGGCCGCGGGCGGAGCCGGGGACACACUCCAACUGAUCGACAAACCGCAUCCAAACGCCAACCGAGCAUGACAAUCGCUCACUACGCAACAUUUGGAAACAACGUCGCCUUUUAAGAAAAACGGCAUGAACUUAAGGAAUCUCAGGAAAAAAGAGUUACCUUUCGUUAAACAAAGCAAACAACAUGAGCUUGCUGCUCUGACUUUCUGCAUAAAAUAAUGAUCCGCUCAAUAAUCAUAUCCGCAGACCUGUAGCCUUUCUUUAUUUUUAAGAUCUCUUAACAUCUCGAUAUACUGGACAUGCUUGUGACUGAUCUAAUAAUUACACAACAGAAAUCCUGUUCCCUAUUCCAUGUGUGGUGAUAUGUCCCUGCGUUCCGAUUGUAAACCAUCCUGCUGAGUGUGUAUCUCUUAAAAAGCUACAUGUCGAAUGUUCAUAUGAACGAUUUUAUUCUUUUUGUUCUACUUGAGCUCGUUAAUGGUUGUUUAAACAUAAGUCGUUUUUUUGUGCUUCUUUUGGUUCAUUAAAAAUACAUCUACUUAAUUGCUAGCUGCCGCUGUCCCAAUUUAGUCGCUUAAAUAAAACGUCAACUGGUCUGACUCCUUCCGUAACUUUUCCUGAGUGCCGCUAUUUGCCUUUUCCGCAACCUCUUACAAUCGUUUUUUAUGAAAAAAGACCAGGCUGUGAAAAGAGUACUGAUUGAUACUCUACCACACAGUCCAAACAAAGCUACGUAAAUGAAAGUCUCUCAACCUUUAGAUAGUUAAUUUAUUGUACUUUACCUUUUGUCAGUGGUGAUCAAAUAUACAUAUGUGCAUAAUGCUUGUAGGUAAGCUAACUAUUGCCUUACACACAAUGCAGGUGAGUUUAAUACCCAGGUAAUCAUCAUGAUGGAGGCAGGCGUGUUCUUGGAGUAAUCUUAAUAAGGCAUUGUGUUUUUUACAUUCUAGUGAAAGUCCCUGGUGAAACUUUUAAAACAUUGAAAAUAAACACUGGGUUUAAAAAAAA